AUGGAACAAAGUCAUUUUCCCGGUUACAGUAAAUGUAUAGCAUGUCACGACCUUAUAGCUCAACAAGAUAUUCGUCAUCAUAUACUUAAUUGUCGACUAGGCGGACCAUCAAAUUCCUAUAAAUUAUGUGCCUUUUGUAAUAAACAAAUACCUAUUAGACAACAUCAAAAACAUGUUGAAACUUGUAAUCACCAGGAAAAAAUAUUAUCAAACAAGAAAAAAUGUCCUAAUUGUGGAAAUAUUCUCGAUGAGUUAACUGCACAUUGUCAAGCAUGUGAGAAUAAUGAUGAAAAUAAUACUAGUGGAUAUUCAACACCAAGAGCACCAACGCCAACACAGACUCUAUCAGACAGCCCAAGAGGAAUAAUUUCUUUGCAAAAAGAGAAAAAAAAACAUUGUGUUUUGUGUGCGAAAGAUAUUGAUCAAUCAGAUUAUGAAAAUCAUCUUGCAUCUUGUUCGAUUGAUGAUAAUGUUUCAGAUGAUCGAGAUGUUCCAAACGGAGACAUUUCAAUAGAAAAAACAAACAAUCAAAGAAUUGUUUCAAAUAAAAAACAAACGAAACAUUGUAUUUUGUGUUCCAAAGAUAUCGAUGAAUCAGAUUAUGAAAAUCAUCUUGCAUCUUGUUCAAUUGAAGGAAAUCAUUCAACUACUCAUAUGUCAAUUGAUAAUCAUUAUCAAAUGUCAAACGAGAAUAUACGUUCAUCACAAAUAGAGAAAAAUUCUUUCGAAGAACAAAAUAUUUUAAAGAAAAAACGAACAAAAUAUUGUGCUUUAUGUUCGAAAGAAAUUGAUCAAACAGAUUAUGAAGAUCAUAUUGCAAAUUGUUCAAUUGAUGAUACAUCUUCAUUUAUUAAUAGAAACGAUAAUUUCUAUGAUAAACAACAUUCAAGAUCAUCUAGUUUACAAAAUGAUCAAAAUCAAAGAAUUGUUUCAAAUAAAAAUCAAAGUAAACAAUGUCAUUUAUGUUUACAACAAAUAAAUCAAUCAGAGUAUAAAAAUCAUAUAUUAAUUUGUUCAAACAAUGAUAAACAUUCAGAUAAUAAUACAUACAAUCAAAAUCGAAAUACAUCAAUACAAUUUGAACGAAAGAUUGAAAAAGAAAACAAUUUAAAAAUGAAUAAACUAAAACGUUGUGUUUUAUGCUCAAAAGAGAUUGAUCAAUCCAUUUAUGAAGAUCAUCUUGUGUCUUGUUCAAAUGAUGACAAUAUUGAAAAUUUCAAUGACAAUUCUCAAUAUCAAAGAAAUUCUUCAAUGAUAUCAUCAACAUCUUCAAAUUCAAAAAGUGAACAAAAAAAACAAUGUGUUUUUUGUACUCAAUUAAUUAAUCAACAACAAUAUCAAGAACAUGUUUCAAUUUGUUCAAAUGAAAACACACCUAUGGAUAUAAAUGAUGAUAAUAUAUAUAAACAAAAAAAUGGUAAAACUCGUUGUAAAAAAUGUUCGAAAUCUAUUCCCGAAUAUGAAUAUGUUCAACAUGUUGUAUCAUGUUCACCAGCAUCAUCGUCAUCAUCUUAUUCAGUAAUGAAUUCUUAUGAAAAUGAGAAUAAAAUAAGAUUAAAUUCUAAUAAAAAAAAUGAUAAUAAUAUAAAAACACAAAAAAAAGAUUGUAUUAUUUGUUUCAAAUCAAUUGAUUUAUCUCAAUAUGAAAAUCAUGUAUUAGCAUGUGUUGCUCAAACAGACAAUCAAUUAUCAACUUCAUCAAAUAAAACAAAUCUUAAAUGUUUUACAUGUAAUUGUUCACUAAAUAAACAAGAUGGGUUAUAUAAAGAAAUAAAUUGUCAUUAUCAUCAUACUCAUUGUAUAUCAUGUCUUCAACGUUCAAUGCAAGAAUUUUCUCGAAAUAGUCAAACACCAGUAUGUCAUAAAAGUUUAUGUGAUUAUGAAUUAUCUCGUUAUGAUAUAUCAUUAAUUCCACUUGAACGUCGUAUUAGUGAUCGUCUAUUAAAACUUGUUAAAGGUCAACAAAGACCAUUUUGUUCUCGAUGUCGUUUUUAUAUUGAUUUAAAUCAAUGUGAAGAUUUUGAUGAACAUGUUGAAUCAUGUGAUGAUUUAAUACCUUGUGAAUAUUGUCAAUUACCAUAUCCAUUUAAACAAUUAGAAAAUCAUGCAAGAGCAUGUCAACAUGAUGCAACAUCUGAUUAUGAAAAAUUAACUAAUUUUAUUUUAACGAAAACAAAAUAUCCAUUUACAAAAGAGCAAAUUCGUCAUUUUAUUGAACAACAAAGUAAAAAUGGUCAAUUAAAUCUUGAUCCAUGGUCAAUAAUUGAUGCUCUUGCUAUAUUCGGAUCAACAUUUCCAUAUGAAAUGCCGAAACGAGAUUGUGAUGUUUGUAUGGAAUCACGUCCAUAUGAUGAUAUAUAUGUAUUUGAUUGUUCUGAUAAUCAUAAAAUAUGUUAUUCAUGUUAUUAUGAUUCAUGUAAAUCAAAAAUGAAUAAUGGAGAAAUUUUAACAUGUGCACUUUGUACAAAUCCAUUGAGAGAUGGUGAACUUAAUCAAUUAAGAAUUUCAAAUGAAGAAUUACGAAUAAUUCGAGAUUAUCAAAUAAAAAAAACAUUUGAUGCAUAUUCAAGUCGUACUCGUGGUAUAAUUAAAUGUCCAAAUCAAAAUUGUCCAUGGAUAGCUGAAGCUGCUGAUCCAAAUGAACGUUUUCGAGUAACUUGUCCUAUUUGUAAUAAAGAAUUUUGUUCACUUUGUAAUCAACAAUAUCAUUAUCGUACAACAUGUGAACAACUUCCACAAAUAACUCAACGAUGGUUUUUUUGGUGUCAAACAGAACGUGCUCGUUAUUUAACAAUGAGAGCUCAACAAGAUGCUGCAUAUGCAACACAAUUAACUGAUUAUAAUCGUAAAAGUAAUGAUAAUGAAAAUCGAAAUCGUGAUUUACGUCGUCGUUAUGACGAAUUAAUGAAUGAUGAAAAAUAUAAAGCUGAUAAUUGUCGUCUUUGUCCAUCAUGUAAACGUGUUGUUCAACGUCUUGAAGGUUGUGAUUCAAUGAUAUGUGGACAAGAUGCACAUGGAGGAAAUGUUCAAUCUGGUUGUGGAGCAAAAUUUAAUUGGGCACAAGCACAAAACUAUACAGCUGCAGCUACACCUCAACCAAAGCAAACUAUUCUUGAUCUUCCCAAACCAGAAAAUCCUGUUGUUCAUCAUAAUGGUGUUAAAUGUGAUCAUUGUCAAAAUGAUCUCGUUGGAAUUCGUUUUGAUUGUGUUCAUUGUCCAUCAUUAACAUUUUGUGAAAAAUGUGAACAACAAGCUACAUUAGAUCAUUCGAGAGAAAAUCAACUUCUUGCACAACAACAACAUGUUUUUAAACUUAUUAUGGUACCACAAGAAGAAGCUAAUCAAUUGUGA